UUCGACUGGGGCCGUUUUCUCAUCUGGUUGACGAGACGGAAUCGUGAUGAUAGGUUAAACAAUAUCUCGUGGUACAACAGAUUGCAGGAAGUUGAGACUUACUGGGCAUUACGCCUCACCUACAAAGCGUUCUUCUGUGGAAUGGAAGGAUUAAGUUUACAUUAACCUUGCCCCAACAAACGUAGAUGAGAUUUUGUUCUAAUCUUAGAUCGAUCUGCGCCGGACCCAAAGGUAAAUCUGCGUUCCUUGGCGCUCAACAUACAGUUGCUAUCAAUGUUGCUUAUCAAGUCCCAAGCAGCUGUUCUGAAAACUCGACUGUACCAUCUAAGCAGACCGUACCAAUCUGACCGGGAUAGCCAUUUGGACUGACCAUUACCGGAUACUGUAGUGACUAACAGUCCUCUACACCAGCUGAGAUUGACCAAGAACUCGGUAGCGACCAAACGCACAGCAGCCAUGUGACUCACCAAAACCGCUCUGCUUAUUAAUAAAACAUGAUGGGUUGAUACUUAUACUAAUACGCUACACUCGCGGAGCAAACUGGACGCGCGCGCCACCCUGAAUACCAAUAGCGAUGCUACAGAAUGGCAUCUCUGCUGCUGGCCUCCGGUUGUACCGUCGGUGCCCUUACUCUCUUCCUCGUCACACUCUUCUCCUUGCCUCACAGGACCAGGCAGAACGCGCCCGGAGACGCCGACAUUCCGGACGUGGAGGAGAUGCUGGAAGUGCGAGGCUAUGACAGGAACUUCCGACCGGGCUUUGGAGGUCCACCUCUACUCGUGGACAUGAGCCUGUCGGUAGCAAGUAUUGAUCGAGUGUCUGAAGUGGACAUGGAUUACACCUUGACGAUCUUCCUGCGUGAGUACUGGAGGGACGAGCGCCUGCAUUUCUCGGAGACGAACCGAAGCCUCAGUCUGGACGGGCGGCUGGUGGAGAGGCUCUGGGUCCCAGACACGUUCUUAGUCAACGCGAAGAGCUCGUUCCUGCACAAAGUCACCGUGGACAACCGACUUCUGCGUCUGUUCCCGGACGGAAGACUGCUGUAUGGGCUGAGGAUCACAGCCAAAGCAGCCUGUCCCAUGGACCUCAGGAAGUACCCGCUAGACGUGCAGACAUGUCCUCUGCAGUUCGAGAGCUAUGGAUACACGACCGAAGACAUCCGGUUUAAGUGGAAGGACGGGAACGAGUCAAUCCACGGCCUGGAGCGGAUCGAGCUCGCGCAGUUCUGGGUGGGAGAGCACGAGGUUUCUGACGAGGUGCAGAAGUACGAAACAGGCGAAUAUCCCCGGCUGACCAUUCGUUUCAAGCUAUACCGGAACAUCAUGUACUUCAUCCUGCAGACGUACCUGCCGGCCACGCUGCUGGUGGUCUUAUCUUGGGUCUCCUUCUGGAUAAACCACGAGGCAGUGCCGGCCCGAGUAGCCCUGGGCAUCACUACCGUCCUGACUAUGACCACCUUUAUCACAAGUGCUCGGGACUCCCUCCCCAAGAUCUCCUACAUCAAGGCCAUCGACGUCUACUGCGUCAUGUGCUUCCUGUUUGUCUUCGCGGCGCUCCUGGAGUACGCCGCCGUCAACUACCACUCCAGCGUGCGCCAACGCAGGGAACAGAAGGCCUUAAAGGCCAAACAGGCCGGACUGGAAGAUGUGCCUAAGCACGAGGAACAGCCGGGAAGACUGGGUGGUCUACUGGCGGCUCUGAAGAGAAGAGGAUUCGAACACGGAGCCGACAAAAACGAUGAUCAAUCGUCCAAAAAUGUUGACAAAGACAACCCAAAGCAAGAGUCAGAAAGGCAAAGUUACAGCUCUCCUCGCCGCGGCCUUGGCAGAAAGAAUCCUUGGUCCAAGGCGACGCGAACACAGGAGAACGUGCCCCUAAAUGUGUUCAACACUGGACCAACAACUGCGCAGCGGCAGCAUGAGGCACCUGCGGAAGAGUACUCCGUCAUCAGCGACGACCAUGUUUGCCUCAACAUCCCGACGCUGGACGUCUCCAACCAGAGUCUGGAGAGACGGCGUAGGAGCGACUCCCGGGUGGGCCGAAACUCUGACGGGAGUUCCAGGCCGACCAGACAGCCAUCAAUCGCGUCUACAGCGAGUCCAAGGGGCAGCAUAGCCAGGAUGAUUAUUGAGUACGCCAGGGAGAUGGAGGAUAAAGGCAUGGAAUUAGUGCCACAGGGACAGGCAUCGACGGAGAACGUUUCAAAUGUCGAUGAUGCUGAUGACGUAAGUAAACCACACGACGAUCCCCCUCCUGUGAUUAUCCAGCCCGAAUCUCACCUCCGGGUCGCGACAGAACGCCGCCGAGCUCUAUCCAACACCGAGCCGCCCACGUCCGCGCUCAGCAAGACAGAGUCCCGCCUGUCCCUCAGCGCUGACCCGCGCGUGCGCAAGCUUUCCGGCAUGGGCAUGGCGGUCCUCAAUGCAGCAAAACUACAGAAGGAGGCGAACGACAGGGCAGCGGCUACGGAGGGAGGACGGGGAAGACAGAGAGAACAGACCGACGUGCGGAAGCGCCCGGUCUCGUUUGCCACUCUGGGUCAAAAGGUCAUGAAAAUACAAGAAGAGGGAAGGCAAGACAGGAAAAGGCUCACCAUCGCAGAAGUGGUCCAACGAGUAAAGACUUCAAAUAUCAAACUGCAGGUUAAAGAUGUGAAUACCAUAGAUAAAUACUCUAGAGUAGUCUUCCCAGGUGUAUUUUUCCUUUUCUGUGUGAUGUAUUGGGUCUCCUAUGCCCACACAUAGCCGAGCCGGAAUAAUUCUUUGAGUAUAGGAAGACUAUGCAGGAUAUUUUGCCACUUUGGGACUUUUUUCAAACGUUUAUUGAUGUAGAAAAAUUUAGAAGUUGAAUAGAAUUCCUGUGAUGAAAAGCAACAUACUGGGAAAAUUCCAAGCGGCAAACCUUUGUUUCAGUAGUUCGUCUGUAUGCAUGAUAAUAGUAAUGAUGAUGAUCACCUUCACGGUACCUUCAUGCCCAACCGGGUUAAGUACUUUUGUACAAAUACAAAGGUCGUAAUAAAAUACACACAUUGAGAUGACGUCUAACACUACUCUGAAACGUUUGUUCUCAAAGGGGGGUUAUCAUCUAACAAUAAACGAAGCUAACAAUGUUAGUUACAUUUUGCUUUGAUAAAGGUAGACUAUAUGAUGUUGGGAGGGUGUGGAUAGUUAAAUCGCCAUUAUUUCCAGUCCAUUUUUUUAGUAGAAAAAGAAAUGUAGCAGAUGCAGAGACCCUGUAUAGUCUUUUUUUCUGGCAGGGCAAUCUCCCUCCAAGUUUCGAAUAAUUCUUUUUGUAUCGGUAUACAUAUUGACCAUGGAACACAAUAAUUGUUAACAAAAACAACAAAUGUAAGAGGUGUAUAUAUACCUAACCGUGUUGAUAUCGAUAGUUAGCCCUGUUGGCCUACGUAUUUAUUGUUGGCGGCCACACAUUAUACAAUUAGCCGACUCAUGUACACAAUUGAAGUGCCCGAAACGUUAUAUGUACAUGUAUUAGCUAAUAUUUAUAUCCCCAUUGUAGCGAAUAUAUCCGUAGCUAGAUGUUGAUAGAGCUUUAAGGGCAUCACCAGCCUUAAGAAAACGUAUAACGUACUCCAGUUUUCCGAAACAUUGAUAGAGUUUGGAAAGUAAAAUUUUUCAGGCAUUUACCAAAUUCAAGUCCAGUGCAGUACCAAGCGUAAUUGUCUUAGAUAUGGCUACGUUUUUCCAGUCAUACAUGUUUGUCGUUAUGUACACAAGUAGACACAAAGUAAGGGAACGGCCUUAUUGGAUUCGAACUUCAUGAUUUUCGUCUUUUACGCAUUUUGCAGGAGC